GAGAAGCGAAGAGCCGCUGGCAGCGCCGAUCUCCCCAGCGCGCAGGUUUUAAGAACUUUAGCUCUCAAAAUGGGCAGAAUCUUCCUUGAUCAUAUCGGCGGUACCCGUCUGUUUUCUUGUGCAAACUGUGAUACGAUCCUUACCAACCGCUCAGAACUCAUCUCUACUCGGUUCACAGGCGCCACUGGUAGAGCAUUUCUUUUUAACAAGGUAGUUAACUUGCAGUACAGUGAAGUUCAAGAUCGGGUCAUGCUCACUGGCCGCCACAUGGUUCGAGAUGUGAGCUGCAAAAACUGCAAUAGCAAACUGGGAUGGAUCUAUGAGUUUGCUACUGAAGACAGCCAGCGUUAUAAGGAAGGCCGUGUGAUCCUGGAACGUGCACUAGUUCGAGAGAGUGAAGGCUUUGAGGAGCAUGUACCAUCUGAUAACUCUUGAAGAAAAAAGAUAAAUCCAUCUUUUCCCAGGUCUCCUUCACUGAAAACAGAAAUCUACUUACAUACACUGUCACCUUAGCAUCAGAGUCGGAUUCAUGAACUGCAAACAAGAGGGUGUGAGAACUGAGAUGGAACCUUUCUUUCU